AUGCAUCAACAAAUGGAGAUAAUGAAGCAAAGUCAAAAUCAAGAAAAGAAGAAGCAUAAGCAGGAAUUGGAAAAUUUGAGAACAGAGUAUGAGAAGAAUUUGAAUGAACAACACGCACACUGGAGAGACACCUCAUCUCAGCUCCAAAAUGCAAAAGCCGAGGUGGUUGAACUCCAAAAGCACAUUCACGAUAAUGAAGCCAUCAUUACAAAAGCUCACGAGGCCAUGGUGUCAUCAUUGUCCGAGGGUGUCUCAAGAGCACUUACAGAUGAUGUGAUAAAAGAGGAGCUGAAGAGGUUUUAUCAGAAUAACCUCCUUGAAUGGUGCGCUGAAAUGAGUUGUUCGGACAUUCCUGAGCCUGAAGAAACCAAAAGGAAACUACAGUCAGAGGGCAUUAUCAAUAGCAGCAAUGAUUAUCUGAACCAACCGAUCAAUCUGCAGUUCUCCAUGCACUUACCCUAUGGUAGAAGCUCGAUGAUUCUUCUGCAGGCCGUUCUUUCACAAACUCUUUGCGAAACCUUUCUGCAGGAUGCCUAUUUUUUGGCUGAAGGGGUAGAUUUGCCCAAAGUACUGGGUCAUGAUGUUACCAAUGGCCGCCGCCGAUUCAGAGACCUUGAAGGCCUAUUCUAUAAUUUUGGCAAGGAUGUUAGUAUCGACUGGCGCAUUCAGACAGUGAAAUGUUUGGAAAAGGCCAUACCUCUUGACCUACACUUUGUAGAGAAUAUGGCAAAGGAAUUUGUGAAAAACUUCCAUUUCCUGCUUAAAGAGAUGAACGAUCAGGCUCUCGAAGACUUGUACCAGCUUUUCAUCGACUUCGGCAACAUAACGCUCAAGUUAUGGAAGAUGCGCACGGCCAUCAAGGUGCAUGAUAGUAAAAAUUUGAAUUAUCAGCACCGGAAUCCACUAUAUGGGCUUGAACUUGCAGAUGUUAGCUCUAGCAGGAAUAAGAAAGAUGCAUCGGCGGAUUAUGGGACACUAGGGGCAUACCCAUUCUUCAAGGUGCUUCCCAUUUUCGUGUAG